AAGCACCUCAAAUAGAAGAUGAACUAUUGGAAUAUAUUGAUACCUUUGCAAAGACCUCCACGAAAGACAUACAUGAAGCACUAUAUGCUUCUCACCCCAGACUUUGUCAUGAUUAUAAUCCUCUUCUCGAUUUCGCUUAUGAACAUGUGAGAACAACAGUUGCUGAUUGGGUCUGUUUGUUAGAAAUGCAGCCAAACCCACUUACACAACAAGAUUUACCAGAAAGUUGGUUUCAGAUUAAUGUCUGGAGAACCAUCAACAUUGCUUUCUUGGAUACACCUUUUGUGUUUUUCAUCAGAGGAGAAAAGGCAGUAUUGGCAAGCACAGAAAGGAAAAACUAUGGUAGAACUUUGAAUAAUAUACAUCAAAUGCAACAAAAGAAGAUUGGAAAGAAAGGUGAACAAGGUACAAAACUCAUAAAGGAACGUGGUUUGAGUUUGCCAAAAACUUUGAAAGACAUCUUCAUAUCUCUUACAUAUAUCACACAAUUUAGUAAUACGUUGGAUGCUCUAGUUACCAUCAUUUAUGCCAAGCUUGAAAUUUUGCAAACAAUGAAGAUUGUUAAUGAUACUAAGAUUAAUGACAAUCUGAGCAGGUGGAAGAAUCCACAAAAAGUUCAAAAAACCAAUAUUCCUAUUGUCAUCACACACCCAAAAAAAGAAAACACAAAAAU